AUGACCAUCCCCUCCGAGCGGACAAUCGAUUUCCUAUUACGCGACGCUACUGUUCUCGGGGUUCAAACUUUUGAGUCUCACAUACCCGGCCUUACCUCGCAUAAGCUGGCUAUCGGAAAUGGGCUGCCGAUGAUCGGGCUUGACCCCUUCCCCGUCCUCAAGAAGUACAAACCAACCGGAACGUACGAAACCGUCGGCAUCCACCACUUCAACCCUUACCCAGAAUUGGUGGAGUUCAUCAACGAAAACGUGGCCAAUUUGGUUUUCCACCCGGAUGUACGACUUCCGGAAUGCCUGGAUUUGAAGGUGAAGACCAUGCAGUGUAAACUCUCAUCCCAGAGGAGAGGAGCCGAAGAAGCCGUCGAAUUCGUGGUCGAACUGGUUACGCAAUGGAAAGACGGCGCCCGGGAGAUCGAAUCCAUUAGUGUGCAGUGCCCGGAGUUGCUUGGUUUUGGGCUUGCCUUCGAGGGGCUGCUUACGCGACAGUACAAUGCCACCAGGGGCAUCGUCAUCAGGGUGGAUAACCAGAAAAUUGUGAUCGAUUUGGAUGUGAUGGUGAAUAACGAGACGUGGAUUUGCCUCAGAAAAAUACCU